GGGCGGAAGAAUUGCCUGAAGAUGGAGUAGGAGCAUCUCCAACCGCUAUGGCUUAUUCACUAGCCUGGGAGAUUCGCUUUAAGACAAUUCCGAAGAUCGACAAUAUAAACAAGCUGACUUAUUAAAGAUUGUUUACAAGGUAGGCUAAUAUGCUUCCUGUAUCACGCGUCCAAAUCUUGCAGUUGAGUCAAGAUGUUGUCCAGGGCUAUCUCUAACGCAUGUCUCAUUUUCCUAUCUUUCUCUAGGUGUGCUUACGCGAAAGUGGUUGCAAGUGAGAAUGGUACCCAGCUUAUUAUUCAGAAUGACCGGUUGUACACACGUGUCGACAAGGCCUCUGGGGCGAUGGAUGCUGUGGUGUUGGAUGGCCAAAACCUCUUGGGCACACGAUCAGGAUCUACCGGCAUAUUCAAUUUAGAUUGUUAUUGCACCCCGAAAGGUUUUUGGACACCGGGAUCGACCCAGCCAACUUACGAGUUGUAUUCCGGGACGGAUACCACCGGAACAAGCUUUGCUGGCAUCCGAAUGUCCGACACUUACACCCCUACCGGCCAGGUUCUCGAGCAGUAUUGGUUCCUCAGAGAUGGGGAAACUGGUCUGCAUGUGUUCUCACGUAUCGCGUACUACAACGAGACUACCCCAUUCCUGCGCAACCUCCAAGAGUUCCGGACUUUAUUCCGACCCAACUCGGACAUAUGGACACACCUUGCAACUAAUGGCGUACAAUAUGCGCCGCUGCCCGGUAAAGAGGCCAAGAAGAACGAAGUUGUGGUACAAGAUGCUACUUGGUACAUGGGCAACACGCCCGACGACCCCUAUGUCCAACAGGAGGCCGACUACUUCACCAAGUACACAUUCCAGGAUACAUGGAGAAACCACGAUGCCCAUGGGAUGUACGCCGAUGGAUCUCAAAUAGCGGAUAAUUCAACAUUUGGGGCUUGGAUGGUCAUGAAUACGAAAGAGACCUAUUUCGGCGGCCCAUUGCAUUCCGAUCUUAUCGUCGAUGGAAUUGUCUAUGAUUACAUGGUCUCGAACCACCAUGGAGAUCAGACGCCAAAUAUCACCAAUGGAUUUGACCGCACAUUCGGACCACAAUUCUUCUAUUUUAAUCACUUUCCUGCCGGAACUGAUCUCCAGGUUCUCCGAGAGGAUGCCGUACAAUUUGCAAAUCCGGAAUGGAACGUCGAGUUCUACGAUUCUAUCGCAAAAUACGUGCCCAACUAUGUUACUAGCGAACAGCGAAGUACGUGGAAGCUGCAGGUAGAUCUACCUAAGAAUGCCAAAAAGCCCAUUGCUGUUCUAUCGCAAAAUGGCGUGGAUUUCCAAGAUAACGUGUUCGACACCAAAGCUUACCAAUACUGGGUUGAAAUCGAUGAGAGUGGAUACGCUAGUAUUCCACGGGUAAAAGAGGGCACUUAUCGUCUCACCAUCUAUGCUGACGGAAUAUUUGGCCAGUACAUCCAGGAUGAUGUUGAAGUGAGUACCGGAAAGGUAGAAACGACACAAGUGAAGUGGGUCGAGGAAAGCCAAGGAGAUGAGAUCUUCCGUAUAGGCACUCCCGACAAAAGUAGCGGUGAAUAUAGACACGGCUAUGAAGUUGACCCGACGCAUCCACGUCAUCCUGAACAGUAUAGGAUAUACUGGGCUGUGUACGACUUCCCCGACGAGUUCCCCGAUGGUGUCACAUUCAAAGUUGGCGAGAGUGAUGUCGGAAAGGACUUGAACUACGUCCACUGGAGCACAUUCGGGGGCUACGCCAACUACCUCCGCCCCGAGGCCUAUUAUGGUGGCGGGAAUGUUAAUAACUGGACUAUCAUCUUCGAUUUAGAAAAAUCGCAAUUCUAUCAGAAGCAACAGGCCACCUUUACCGUUCAACUAGCUGGAGCCAAGAACGCCGCGGGCAACACGGAUGUCUUCAAUGCAUCCGAGCCCCACGCGAACCUCGCAUACACGGUCAAUGUCAACGGGAAAGACCUUGAGCCAUGGAUCAUUCCGUGGUACCAGAGCAGCUCAUGUGCAGUGCGAUCCGCAGUAAUCUGCUAUAACAUCGCCAACAAAUUUGUCUUCGACCCGUCACUACUCAAAGAGGGUGAGAAUAAAAUUGUUCUCAGCUUACCGUUCAACGCGACCGACUACGAAAGCGCGGUGUUACCUGGAUCCGUCUAUGUCCAAUAUGACGCAUUAAGGCUCGAGGUCAGCUCAGCGAAGAGAUGUGGUCGCAAGAGAGCCACGUAA